CUCAUAUAUUUUCGUCUCAAACUCUCAUAUAUUUUCUUCUCUUCUCUUUCCAGCUUACAACCGUAAUUCGAAGCUUGUAAAGUAGUCAUCAAUGGCGGAAGCAUCGCUUGCAAUUGGGCUGAGGACGGCGUUUGUGGUGCUCGGAUUUCUAGCCACCGCCACCGUCAUCUACACCGUCGUCACUGACGGCCUCCCUUUCCGCAAAGAGCUCCUCACCCCAUGGAUGGCAGCAACCUUAGUUGAUUUCUAUAUCAAUAUCCUAGCCACAGGGAUGUGGAUAAUCUACAAGGAAUCUAACUGGAUUUCCUCACUUGUUUGGAUGGUUUUGCUUAUAUGUUUUGGAAGCAUCACCACAUGUUUGUACGUCGUUUUGCAGUUCCUAAGGCUCACUCCUCAAGAAUCACAGUUAGAUCCCAUCUACUUUGUUUUGCUCAGAAAUAAGAAAAGUCCUUCUACGGAGGAAGUGGAGUCGAAGAAGAGUAUACUAUCCGUUGUAGGUGCGCGGUUUCUUUUCUCUGUCUUGGGCUGUCUCAUGGUAGCUACAUUGGUUUACACCAUCGCCACAGAUGGCUCACCCUUUCGCCAAGAGCUUUUGACUCCGUGGAUGUCAGCGACGCUCAUUGAUUUCUAUGUUAACGUGAUUGCUAUAUCGGUUUGGGUGGCGUAUAAGGAGCCGAGCUGGAUGAGAUCAGCAUUAUGGAUCAUUUUGUUGAUAUGCUUCGGAAGUGCUACCACGUGCGCUUACGUUGCCCUACAGCUCUUCCGUCUCUCGCCUCAGGACCCCGUGCACUUUGUUCUCUUCAACAGUGACAGCAGGCAAGUUCAUGAUGGCAGUAAACGACGGCUAUAAAGGAACUCUACAAAAGGAAACAUAUACAAAGCUUGUUAGGUGAAAUUGGAAUUUUUGAACAAGAUAAAUGCUGAUACGCUUUUAUGGAACAAUUUUUUUUUUUUUUUCAUGUGAAUAAUAUUGCAAUAGUGCUUUCUAAAUUUUCGAAUGUGGGAUGAGAAAUGAGCUGAAAAUAUAGUGUAAAAUUUAGAUGCAUGGACAAACUAUGAAUGUAAAAGCACCAUAUCCUGACAAAUGUUUCGUUUAUACAUUUUCUUUAAGAUAAA